AUGGCUGCAGACUCACCGAGUAUCAGUCCGACGGUACACUCAGAAGACGGACACCGCGGCGACGACCGGCCAUUGAUGCCACACGGUACCGAGUGGAACGGGAAGGACCUUCUUGGGCUGGUCCGUGAUGACAGCAGCCCCUUUGCCAACAUCUGGGACGUCAGGAUUCUGCUUGAAGAGGUUGAGACACAAGUCCAAGCUCAAGUAGUUGACAUCCCAGAAGUCCACGCUGGCGCGAACAACUACGGUUUCCACCUCGGGCUCUCUGAUGAUAGAGAUGUGAUGGCGCGUGUCGCGAGGGCUGAUGUGCUCAGGUCACUCCUCACCCAAGCAGCCAGGAGUCGCUCAGCCUUGUUGAACAAGCCAUUGCCGGCCGCCUUCGUCGCCACAUGGCUUUUCUGGGCGAACUUCCAGCCCGUGGAGUGGAUGCCCAAGAUGUUCCCGCUGCACCCUGCUGGCAACCGAGACUUCUGCAUCGCCAUGCUUGAGGCAAAAUUUGAAGGCUUGAUCGGCAAUCAAGGUGACAGGAUCGGGUGGGAGGAAGAUAAGCUGACUGUCGGCCCACUAGCAUCCGCUGCAAAACAAUCACUUCUCCGCCUCAUACCCCUGAUCCUCCCAGAGGGCGACGACGAGGUCCUGUACCGGCUUGUGCUCCAGCACGACGACUUUGGCCUCCACAGUAUUUCGGUCGACGUGGACGAGGCAGGGGAGCUCAGCCUGACUUCAGUGUAUGACUGGGAGACGGGCUGUAUCAUCCCAGUCAUCCUUAGCGAAAUCGAGUUCUCGAUCGCUGGGUGCCGCCUGAUCGUCGACGAGAAGGGCGAGCCGUCGGUCCAUCUACGGUCGGACCAGGAGCGUGAGCCGGAGCGGAGCGCCCAGAAUCAACGAUACUCUGCUGAUUUCCUGAACGCAAUCUACGAGUGCUCACCUUACCUCAAGAGGGUCCUGCGCGCCGGCAACGAUGCUCGGCGGCUGUGGUCCACUCUGAAGCGGUGGAAAGGAGACAGCCCUGAAGAAUUCUUUGGCCAGCUUGGGUCAUGGGCUGAGGCACGGAUGGGCGAGAUGGGAGCAGAGAUCCCUGCCGCUCACCAACCGGACCUGACUGAACAAGCAGGACCCAAAGUAGAAAAGAAUGCAUUCCAGAAUUCAAGAUUUGAGUGUACCAGCUCGCUACAGGACAUGACUCUCGGGUUCAGAGCGUUGGCAACCUAUGUGCUUGUUUUGACCUUCCACCUGCUGAAUAUCAUCACCGCCGAGAAUUUUUCUCCUUGA